AUGAGGAUCAAGCGGCAUCAGCAGCUGCCGCUGCAGCAGACGCAAGUCGAGCAACAGCAGCAGCAGCUGCAGCAGCUGCAGCAGCAGCAGCAGCAGCUGAUGAUGAUGAUGACGGCCUGCAAUACCCAGCAAAACAGAAGAGCAGACAGACGCCUGCUAGAGGCGGAACACACAACACAGCAGCAGCAGCAGCAGCAGCAGCAGCAGCAGCAAAUCACCAGCAGAGCAACAGCAGCAGCAGCAGCAGCAAUAGCAGCAGCAAAGUUCUUUAUACACCCAAACCCACAACCUGCUGCACGCCAGCCACCUGCAGCAGCCUCUGCUGCAGCAGCAGCAGCACGAGCGGACCCCCGUUCGGUAGACUUGCUGGAGCAGCAGCAGAAAGCAGCAGCAGCAGCAGGAGCAGCAGGAGCAGCAGCUACUGCAGCAGCAUCACCAGGAGCAGAUAGUGAGAUGACCUCGGGGGAGCAGAUAGUGCAGCAGCAGCACCAGCAGCAGCUACUGCAGCAGGAGUACCAGCAGCAGCUACUGCGGCAGGAGUACCAGCAGCAGCUGCUGCAGCAGGAGUAUCAGCAGCAGCUACUGCAGCAGCAGCAGCUGCUGCUACUACAGCAGGAAUACCAUCAGCAGCUAGCGCAGCACCAGCAGUUGCUGCUGCUGCAGCAGGAACACCAGCAGCAGCUACUGCAGCAACAGUACCAGCAAAACGUGUUCGUGCAACAGCAGCACCAUCAUCCCCAGCAGCAGCAGCAGCAGCAGCAGCAGCAGCAGCAGCAGCAGCGAGAAGUGUUGGUGCUGCAGCAACGGCGCAGAAGGGGGCCCCUACAGCAGCAGCAGCUUCAUCAGCAAGACGCUAUUCCCCUUUCUCACUCACGAGCAAGGAAAGCAGCAGCAGCAACAGCAGCUGCCGCUGCUGCUCCUGCUGCUGCGGCAACAGCAGCAGCUGUAGCAGGGGCAGCAGCAGCAACAGCAUCAUCAGCUGCAGCAGAAGCAAACCCAAGAAGAACAUCACGCAGCACCUAUUUUAUUAUUUUUUCUUUUCUCUCAUUUGUUGUUAUAAAACCCCACAGCAGCAAACGGGUUUGUUUCUCCUGCUCUCCUGCUGCUGCUGCUGCAGCAGCAGCAGCAGCAGCAGCAGCAACGCCGACAGCUGCAGCAACUCACAGAGCAGCAGACGCAACUGCAGCAACAGCAGCUUCAGCAGAAGCUGCUGCGCCAGCAACCGCUGCAGCAGGCACCGCAGAGUCCGCUGCUGCACUGGCAGCCGCAGCAGCAACAGCAGCAGCAACAGCAGCAGCAACAGCAGCAGCAACAGCAGCAGCAGCAGCAGAGUUCACGGGGGAGACAGUUUGCUCUGCCUUUAUUUAUUUAUAA